UUGUGCUGAGAGCAGCAAUAUGAUUGGCUGGCAGGUUCCCGAGCGGAUCCUUCCUGCGGCUGUGGAAUUCUAGCGUUUGGUGUUUGAAUGGUGUACACACGGAGGGCCGUGUCGAUGUUUGUGGUCUUUGGCCUCAGCUGAAAAACACAAAGUGUCAAGUCUAAACCACCGGCGGGUCAGCCCGAUGAAAUUAGGCGAGCGCUUCCGGAAGACAGUGAACACAAAGCCACCUCACUGCGUUUAGGAUUAUUGCAGCAGCGGAGAUCAAAGCGAGCAAGGUCUGCCAGCCCUAACUCGGGCGGACAUUGCGUGUGAAUGCGGUGACUGUCAACAGCGUCCUCCCACCCUGCUUUUAUAUAAUGGAAGAUCACAUGCAGAGAUGAUGUGCUAAUGCAGACAGGGUGGUAAGACGCAAGGUUUCCGCCACUGGAUAAUACAGUGUUGAUGAGCAUAACGGCGAGGGCUGAGUUUACUUCACGACGCCUCAACUCAUCCUGAGACUGAUAUUUCUCGCCUGUGUUCCUGUGAAGCUGAAGCAAUGGCGAGACACACGACAGUCAGGGCUCGAGCCAUUUGCCCUGCUUUCAUGAGCUAGCCUUCCGCGGGUGGCCACCUUACCAACUCUAGUAGGACUAGCUGCGGUCCGUCAGCUGCAACGCGAGCUCCGCGCAGGUGCCGUCGGUACGAGGUGAAGCUGGCGGCCCUCCGGUUAGAGUCGGAGGAGAAGGAUCUGGGCGCCAUGGCGUGGGUGCUGAAGAUGGACGAUGCUACCAUCGAGUCUGGGCUUGUGCACGACUUUGAUGCCAGUUUAUCUGGCAUUGGUCAGGAGCUGGGAGCUGGCGCGUACAGCAUGAGUGAUGUGUUGGCUCUGCCCAUCUUUAAGCAGGAAGACGUUAGCGUUCCUGUGGAGUCUGACACCAAGAAUCCUCCGUUUCAGUAUGUGCUGUGCACCGCCACGUCCCCUGCUAUUAAACUGCACGAGGAGACGCUCACCUACCUAAACCAAGGCCAGUCUUAUGAGAUCCGGUUGCUUGAUAACAGGAAAAUAGGGGAGAUGCCAGAACUCAACAAGACUGUGAAGAGUAUAGUUAGGGUGGUUUUCCAUGACCGAAGGCUUCAGUACAUGGAGCACCAGCAGCUGGAGGGCUGGAAAUGGAAUCGGCCUGGUGACCGCCUUCUUGACAUCGAUAUCCCCAUGUCAGUUGGUAUCACAGAGCCCCGCACACACGCCUCCCAGCUAAACGCUGCAGAGUUCCUGUGGGAUCUCUCUAAGCGAGCGUCAGUGUUCGUGCAGGUUCAUUGCAUCAGUACAGAGUUUACCCCACGGAAACAUGGUGGAGAGAAAGGAGUUCCGUUCCGCAUCCAGAUUGACACCUUUAAGCAAAAUGAAAGUGGAGAAUAUACGGAGCACCUUCACUCCGCCAGCUGCCAGAUCAAAGUCUUUAAGCCAAAGGGAGCAGAUAGAAAACAGAAAACGGACAGAGAGAAGAUGGAGAAACGGUCCACACAAGAGAGAGAGAAAUAUCAACCUUCCUAUGACACCACUAUCUUAUCAGAGACUCGGUUGGAGCCUGUGAUUGAGGAGGCUGUGGAACAUGAGCUUAAAAAAUCAAGCAAGCGAACACUUCCUGCAGACUGUGGCGAUUCCAUCGCCAAAAGCAAGAGAGGAAGUUGCUCUCCGUGGCCAGAUAAUGCAUAUGUCAACCCCAAUACAGCAGCAACUCCAACCUUUACCUCCAGCACACACACAUACAGUCCUAGCAGCACAGUACCUGACAGUGAGUCAUCCUCACCUAACCACCAAGGGGAUCCUGGUAGCCUCAUGUCUAUGGAGUCUUUGAGUCCCACAGCCUCUAUACAGGAGACGCAGAAGUGGCUCCUUAAGAACAGAUUCAACUCAUUCAGUCGUAUUUUCACCCAUUUCUCAGGUUCUGAUCUACUGAAAUUAACUCGUGAGGAUUUAGUCCAAAUUUGUGGUGCAGCUGAUGGAAUCCGACUCUACAAUGCACUAAAAUCAAGGGCAGUGCGUCCCAGGCUCACUCUCUACGUCUCACUGGAAGCUUCUCAGUGCGAGAGACCUCUUCUGGAGAAACGUGGCCACAGCAAAAAUGGAGAACACAGCAGUCCAACAUCCAUACAUGUUUACCACGCUCUUUACCUUGAGGAGAUGACCGCUUGUGAGCUUACCAGGAAAAUCUCCAGUGUCUUGGCCCUGCCGUUCACCCACAUUAACCAAGUGUACAAACAGGGGCCCACAGGAAUACACAUACUACUCAGUGACCAGAUGGUUUGUAACUUCCCUGACGAGAGCAGUUUCAUCAUCAGCACAAUACAAGAUUACACAACCGAUGGAUUUCACCUUGUCCUGAAGUAGAGAUGGCUGAAAAACCAUGUGAAGCAGAGAGUGCAAUGACGUCUUAAGGCUCCAUACUGCCACUUCAGGGCAUUGAACAUGCUCCCUCCAUCCUUCUCUCUCUUCCUCUCUUUAUCUCGCUCUCUCAUUCUUCAUGUCUCCGAUGUUGGAGAGAGAGAGAGCCGGGGUUGGGCAGGGCCUCCUAACUGUUAGAAUCUGACUUCAGUGUGUAAAUUGUUUCAUAUUGAAAACACUUAAACUGAUGCCAGUGUGUGUGAGCCGUGGGCUUUUAAAUAUGUGUGUGAGUGUGUUUUUAAAGGUUGAAUUGGGAGGGAUGGAGGUGGGCAGAAUCUGCAAGAAAGUGGAGGAGAAUUGUGACCACUUUACUUCAGCAUGGUGUUCAUGGAGUGUGUAAUGUCAUAAUGUGGCUGUUCCCCACCUCUGUGGCAAAACGGUCUGUGCUCAGACUCUGUCCUCACUUUGCAAGUAAUGAACGUACAGUACGUACUUGAGUUUGUUCGCCUUUGUGAGUUGUCAGCUAUUUUUCUGCCUGCCCCUUUUGACUGGCCCAUAGACAGUUUGUAUUGUCACCAUUGCACCCCUCAUUGGAAUAAUGAACCCUCUUUCAAAAGUGGGGGAAAUGUGUCCUGUCUUAGGCAUGCACAGGAUGUCUAUUAUGUCUGUCUGGAUUAAAUGAUCCUUGAGUUUAAGUAUGAUGCCCUGCAGCUAACAUCAUGUUUGUGAGACUACGUUUUGGCUGUAUCCUAUUUUAGUAGAAGACAUUGUCAGUGCUAAUACCAUUUUUCCACUUCCUUUAUCAAGACCAAUCAUGUCUGGUGCCAUUCUGACUGUUUGCAAGAUCCUGUUAAAACUGACAACUACACUGUAGUUUCUUGGGAUGCUUAGCAUUUACUUUGUGCUUAGCGGGAUGAAUUAAGCAUCUGAACUGAAUCAACUUGGGCCCCACAUUUGUAUUAAAAUAGUGGGAGUCUUUGAUUUUAACAUGGUGAUUGUUGUUGGCUGGUAAUAUUUCCUGCCCUCUAUAGUAGCUCCUGGCACAGAUUAUAAUGCAACUAUUAAUAUGGGAAGUAAGCACAAUUGCAUAAACCUCCAUAAAUUAUAUUUUGCAUAAUGCCUUUGUUUUCCUUUAUCUUAACCUUUUCCUUGCCUUGGGACAGGAAUAUUACAUUUGACUGGCCAGCCAAGGCAGGUUGUAUCUGUGGCUUUAUUUUAUUUUUUCUCACCUUGAAUAUAAGCUGACUUAGUUGGUCAUCUCAGUAGUUAUGCAUUGGGCAGCUGUGCUUUGGCAUGUACUGUGCAUAUUUUUGCCACUUUAUUGAGGAGCAUGGUUGUUAGAAUUUUGACUCCUUAUGAUUCUUAAAAAAAAAAAAAGAAUGACCAAGUCUGCACUGAACUGAAACCACAACAAAUUUCAUGCCAUUUGGAUACCUUGCUGUUGUUGGACAUUCACUUAGCAUUUUGGUGUACACAAAGUUUCCAGGUGAAGAAAUAAUCAAAGUAUAAAUACAUAGAGAUGUGUGUUUUUCUCUUCCUCUGUGGAUCACAUGGUCUGUCCUCUGUGUUUCCGUGAUUAUGAUCAUGGUGCUCUCAUGUCACUGUCUGUCUAAAGAAGCCUCUCUUCCAUAAGGGGUGCUGAGAUGUACACAAUUAAUGCCUGUACCAGAAAUAAAAUAAUUUUCAUA